AUGCGAGAAGUGUAUCGCUUAAGCCAAGAAGAACCUCAGAUCUCCCUUAUUAUCGCCUGCGCCACCAAUACAUGGGAGGAAGCGGAUGACUGGAAGACAGCAGCGGAGCAAGUCUACCAUGAGGCUGUAGCGAAAGCAACCAGCAAGGGCGACAAGGAUUCCCUCGAAGCGCUCAAAGACCUGCGCGAGGAGCUCGACGCGCUAGAUGAGUUCAAAAGGAAGGAAUUAAUGGGAAUGACAACAGAGCAAUUCCGGGCAGCGCUCACGCUUAGUGAUGCGGAACAGGAGGUGAUCGACAAGGAAGGAGAGGAAGAGAUGGCAGCUUGGGCCGCAUUCCAAAACGGGGCGUGUUGGGGGGUUGCCUCUGACGACUACGACGAGCUCGCCGAUGCAGAAGACGAAGAAGCUGACCCCAGGGACUCCGGCGAACUGGCCAAGGCGGAGAACGAGAACGAAGACAAUGGCUUCCAAGGCGCAGAGGAAGUCGCCAGGGCAGAGAACGCCAACGAGAUUGCUGCCGCUCGUAUUCUCCCAGACCGAUCCAUGCGCCGCUUCGUCCCCACCCCCGACACUACCCCGACGACUAGAGUGCCUACGAUUGUCGGCGACCCUCCCGAAGCCCCAACUACCACUCAGACGACUACAGCGUCGAAGAAAUUCAAACUCAGUCGCAAGAAGAGUACCCUGAGUAAGGGCGGAGCCUACCACGCCCACUCGUUCAACAGGGAGCAGGCAAAGCAGGCCUCGCGUUCGAGCGUCCUGGAUAUGGACUGGACCGCCGAGAACAAUGAGGCGAAGGAGCAGUGGAAUGAAGGAGUAAUGGAGUGA